AUGGCCUCGGGAGAUAGUGAUCAUAUCGAGGUGAUGGAUAGUUCUGUGAUGAAGAAAGAAGGACCAGGACAGUCGGGCUCAGAGGAUGACGAUCGCGAUCGAGCAUCUUUAGCGGAAAAAAAUGUACCCUAUGAUCCAGCGGUGGGCCCCUCGGGGGCCAUCAGCAAAGUCCACAAGUCGGACCGGAAGAUCGGUCAUCGACGAGUGGGGGAGGGCGGCGAGAUCACAUACAAAAAGAUCCAAUCAUCACAAAUUAUGGGAUCUAUACAGCUAGGUAUACAGCACGCGAUCGGUGGUCUCGCCUCCAAACCUGAAAGGGAUCUUCUCAUGCAGGACUUCAUGACAGUAGAAACAACAAACUUCCCAUCGGAAGGAUCGAAUCACACGCCCGCGCAUCACUACUCCGAGUUCAAGUUCAAAACGUACGCGCCGAUAGCCUUCAGAUACUUCAGAGAUCUGUUUGGCAUACAGCCGGAUGAUUUCCUUAUGUCAAUGUGUAGCGCUCCAUUACGCGAGCUAAGCAAUCCCGGCGCGUCCGGCAGCAUCUUUUAUCUCACGAACGAUGAUGAGUUCAUAAUAAAAACAGUACAACACAAGGAGGGAGAGUUUCUUCAGAAACUACUACCAGGGUACUACUUGAACCUUGAUCAAAACCCCCGCACGUUACUACCCAAGUUCUUCGGACUAUAUUGCUAUCAAUGUAACAGUAAAAAUGUGCGGCUCGUCGCCAUGAACAAUCUACUUCCGUCGUCCGUCAAAUUGCACCAAAAGUACGAUCUGAAGGGAUCCACGUAUAAAAGAAAGGCAAGCAAAUCCGAAAGACAAAAGAGCUCACCGACAUACAAAGAUUUGGAUUUCAUGGAGCAACACACCGAAGGCAUAUUCCUAGAGGCGGACACGUAUAACGCUCUAAUAAAGACCAUGCAAAGAGAUUGCAGAGUGCUGGAGAGUUUUAAGAUCAUGGACUAUUCUCUUCUGGUGGGUAUUCACAAUUUGGAUGAGGCCCAAAGGGAGAAGACCGAAGCCCGAAAACGCACAGAUUCCGGUCAAAGCGAUGACGACGCUGAUGGAGAGCCCAAGAAAAGUGGACUCAAUAGAACAAGAUUAGAGCAAAGCAAAGAGGAUUUUAAGAAUCAAGUCAAACGGACACAGUCUAUCAACCGUCAACGGUUGGUGGCGCAUUCUACUGCGAUGGAGAGCAUACAGGCUGAAAGUGAGCCGAUAGAUGAAGAGGAAGAUGUUCCGCCGGGUGGUAUUCCAGCGAGGAACGCGCGUGGGGAACGUUUACUCUUGUUUCUCGGUAUCAUUGAUAUAUUGCAGUCGUAUCGUCUCAGGAAGAAACUGGAGCACACUUGGAAGAGUAUGAUACAUGAUGGCGACACUGUGUCAGUGCACAGACCUAGUUUCUACGCGCAAAGGUUCUUAGACUUUAUGGCCAAAACCGUAUUUAAGAAGAUACCUUCGUUGGACCUUCCGGAGAUCAAAGGAAACCAUCGCAAGUUCAGAACGCUCGUCACCAGCUAUAUAGCACUAAAACAUUCGCCGUCUAAGAGGAAGUCCAUCGCAAAACCUUCGAGACCUCAAGAAGACACAGAUAAUACAGGGGGUAAAGUCAUCGGUCGGCCUAUAAAGGACUAUAAUCCGGACUAUUUGAGACAGGCCAGACUAUCGCCCAGAUCUUCUGUAAGAUCUAGUAUGAGUGACUUCACCGAUACCACAAUAUCAACGUGGAACCAAAGACACCAAAUACCAACAGAAUAUCCCUCUGUUCUGUCGGAUAGACUAAAAGUUAUGGAUAGGGAUAGGCUGCCCCUCCCAUUUCAAAGGCGAAUCGAUUUUGAUACAUCAAAUUUAAGUCCACGGGAUCCCGGGCCGUCUUACGCUGAUAAUGUGUACAGAUCUUCGAUACAAGAUCGUAUGGAAUCAUUAUCCGAUCAAUUAACUAAAGUUCUAAGUACGGGUGCAGGUAGCUCUCACAUAAAUGGCAGUUUAGCAGACAGUGGUAUACAGACAGACAACACCAGCACUAGUGUACCCCAGAUAUAUAUAGCUGAUGCUAAUUUCAACCCCAAGUUCAAAGACGCAGCAGUUGAUACGAGAAACGAUGAUAACCUCCAAGAUAUACCCUUCAUAGAUGAGGAUGAUGAGGAGAAAUGGAAGAGACGAACUAAUUUGGAGAAACACAAAAGUAUGUCAAACAUACCUGAGAGGAUAGAUGAAGAUUCAAAAGAACAUUCCCAUGAACGACUGUCGAGCAGUCUAAAUAGAGCCAAAUCACCAACUUUUGUUGAGAAAUUCAAGAAGUUCUUCGUUGACAUUGGUUUUGUUAAGGCAGACAGCGAUUCUCAAACCCAAGACGCUAAUACUCUACCAAAAACUUACACUUCGAGUUACAGAACUCGUAGUGUCACACCCACAAGUAAUAUUGAAGCUCGUGAAGCGUCCACUCUACCAAAAGAUAUGAGAUUUAGAAAAGUCAGAUCCACUCAAACUGUUUAUAUCAAACCAGAAUCUCCGAAAAUUUCCAGCGAUGAAAGUAAAGAACACGUGUCAGUCGUACAAUUGAAUGGCGAUGAGCAUAUAAAAGAUUCGUCCGAAAGUUUUAUUACGGAAGUAGUUUAUGUGAAAAGUUUGGAAAACGCUGCCAUUUACAAAGGAAAGGAUAGUGGAAGUACCAUCAUUAUUGUUCCACCAGCGGAU